GCGACUAUUUUGUUGGAGAACUGCAACCGACGUAAGAGAAGUAGAGCAUAGCAGGAGAGCACUAAUCGCCAAAACCAAACCCAAACACAAAACCCUUCAUCGCUCUCUAGAACCCCUUUCGACCUCAUCUCUUCCGAUCAAAUGGCCGCCGCCGUUGCACGGGCCGUCGCCACCGUCACCUCCACUGCCAGCCGCCCGUCUUUCCUCUCUCUUCUCCUCCCCAAGCGCUUCCUUUCCUCGUCCACCAUCGUUCGCCCACCUCCUAUACCCAACCUCCUCGCUGCCCGUCGGCCAACGACCCUUCUCUCUCCCGCCCUCCGCCUCGCCGUCCCGGGCUUCAGCCGCAUGACGGCGGUGCGCUGCAGGGUGAACCGCUCCGGCAACUCGGCUUACUCGCCGCUGAACUCUGGCUCCAACUUCAGCGACCGCCCCCCCACCGAGAUGGCCCCGCUCUUCCCCGGCUGCGACUACGAGCACUGGCUCAUCAUCAUAGACAAACCCGGAGGCGAGGGGGCUACUAAGCAGCAAAUGAUCGAUUGUUAUAUUGAAACCCUUGCUAAGGUCGUUGGAAGUGACGAGGAAGCAAAGAAGAAAAUUUACAAUGUUUCAUGUGAGAGGUAUUUUGGAUUUGGCUGCGAGAUUGAUGAGGAAACUGCAAAUAAGAUGGAAGGAUUGCCUGGUGUUCUAUUUGUCCUUCCUGACUCGUAUGUCGAUGCUGAGUAUAAAGACUAUGGGGGUGAGUUGUUUGUAAAUGGAGAAAUAGUCCAAAGAUCUCCUGAAAGACAGAGGAGGGUAGAGCCGCAGCCCCAGACAACAAGGCCCAGACCAAAAUACAAUGACAGAACACGUUAUGUUCGUCGCAGAGAAAACAUGGGUUGAAAUUCUUUCUAAAUGUGAAGACUGCUGGAUAGAUGUGUCUAGUUUCUCUGCUGAAAAGGGUUCUGUGCAUUGGAAGCAUGUGUCGUUUUGGUUAUGAUUGGGUACCUGAAUGCGUAGGGCGGUUGAACUUCUAAUUGUAUGGAUAUUUUGUGGGGUUUGUGAGGAAUGUAGGACUGCUAAACUCGACCAUAAUAUAAUGAUGUUUUUGUUAUUCUA